CAACAUCAACAGCUCAAUAAAUUGAAAGACGAAGCACAUGGACCACUCAUAUUCGUUUCCAAUUCGAAUAAAUGUUGUCCUUGACGACGUUGAGACCAAAUGUGGCGUGAAUCGAUGGAAACACCUCACACAUUCUUCAGCAACGCUAUCAUGCUCACUUUCUUGCUUCUGAAUUUGGCUUUGGGAAGAGUUGUCGGGGCCGAUACUUAUAACAGAGACGAUUUCCCGGCCGAUUUUGUUUUCGGUUCAGGCACCUCUGCUUACCAGGUGGAAGGAGCUGCUAAUGAAGAAGGAAGAAGUGAUAGCAUUUGGGAUACCUUUGCCCACGCUGGAUAUGGACAUGGAGGAAAUGGAGAUGUAGCCUGUGAUGGGUACCACAAGUAUAAAGAAGAUGUGAUGCUAAUGGUGGAAACAGGACUUGAAGCCUAUAGAUUUUCCAUUUCUUGGUCCAGACUGUUACCAAAUGGUAGAGGACCCGUUAAUCCCAAAGGAUUGCAGUACUACAACAAUCUAAUCAAUCAGCUCAUCAGCAAUGGAAUCCAACCACAUGUAACAAACUAG